AUGGGAGAAACAAGUCUCACAAGAAGCUCCAAGGCGCUGUACUUCUCCCUGCUUAGCCUCCUCUUCUUUCUCCUCCUCCAAUCUGCCUCAGGACGGGAGCUGAAGUUUGUGAUUCUAAUUAGUCGACAUGGCGACCGAAGUCCUAUGGGAAACUAUCCCACCAGCCUAAACACUGAAAGCACCUGGCCACAAGGAUUCGGACAACUCACUAAGAUUGGAAUGCGGCAGCAGUAUGAGCUUGGACAGUACAUCAAGAAGAGAUACUCAAAUUUCCUGAGUGCUGCAUACAAACGAGAGGAGAUUUUCAUCCAGAGCACAGAAACCGAUCGAACCAUUAUGAGUGCCCAAGCAAAUCUUGCUGGCAUGUACCCCCCGGCUGGUGAUCAAAUCUGGAAUCCUGAACUCCUUUGGCAGCCUAUCCCAGUACAUGUCGUACAAAAGGCAUCCAAUCCGAGAUUACAUUUUCCGAUUUUGGACUGUCCACGCUUUAGGGAACUUUUGACUGAAACACUUACAACAAGUGAAUACAAGGCUAAAAUGCAACCAUACCAGGUCUCCUUGUGAAAGCUAUUCUAGAAAAUCUCUCAAAGGCAGCUAAAUUUCAAGAAAAAAGGAAAAUGCUAAUCUAUUCUGCACAUGACACUACACUUGGUGCCCUGCAGAUGGCGCUCAAUGUUUACAAUGAAAAACUUUUUCCGUAUGCAUCCUGCCAGAUUUUUGAAUUGUAUCAAGAAAAUGGGCAACACACCAUUGAAAUGUAUUUUCGGAAUGACACUUCGAAAGACCCAUAUCCCCUCACCCUGCCAGGCUGCUCAUCUGCGUGUCCACUAUCAAAGUUUGAGGAACUGGUUUCUCCCAUCCUAGUGGAAGACUUGGCCAAAGAAUGUGAGAUGUCCGGAAAACAGAAAGGAAAAUAUUCUCAAACUGGCAUGACCCCAGAACCCAGCAGAAACCCAGACAUGGAUACAGAGAAUGAGGGACCAGUAGUGUUAAUGGAAAAGCGCAAAUCUGCUGAGAUCCCUGAAACUGAGAAACCUGAGUCAGAGGCACCUGGUCCCACAUCGGCGGCUGCAGUCCCUGGCCCUACCUCCAACAAGGGUUUUGCAUUCUCACAACCCACAAAGCUGUUGCG